GCAGCUGACCCGCAAGGGAUCUGGUGGUGCGAGGUUUCUGGAAGCAGGGAGGUUGUCACCUUGCUUUUCACUCUCUGACUUUUCAGCACCACAUACCCACACGGCCCAGCGUAUAUGAAGAGCGUGGUGUGGGCAAUGGUGGCUGUCGACAACAAGCGUCACAGACAGCUUCACUCACACAUGAGCACGGUAUUCUCAAAAGCACAUUCUUCUCUUCACAACCGCACACUCGUAGAUGCCGGCACUACUAGCCAGCUGGAGGCACAAAAGGAACACCAAAGCCGGCCCAUGGCCAGCGCGCUGCAGCGGGUUUCGCACCUACUGCUGCACACCUGGCAGCUCGUCCAGCAGCGCUGCCUUGGAAUCAGUGGCCGAAGAUGACGCCAGCGCCACGCCCGUGUCAAUUCACGGCAUGGACAAAGAUGCCGAUAAGCAGACACUGAUGGUGGCAGCAAGCCCGCACCAGUCCGAGAAUCCCGAGAUCCCCACCACCUCGUCGCACAGGCCAUCGCAGAUCCGUACCUGUCCGAUCCCAGAGAAGCUCCGGCUGAAGAUGCUGGACACACCGGGUGACUCAGCCGGCAGCAGCUCGCCCACCGUCGUGUCACCUACGCACUGGACAGCGGAUGCGAUGCGCGGCAAUGUGCAGGACGGGCCGCGAGUCAGGCGCCGCGGCACAGUGAGCACGAUAAGCAGUAGCGUGAGCAGCACUAGGAGGGCAUCGAGGUUCAGCGUUUCGGCCAGCGAUAAGCAGGGCAUGUCACCAGGCGCCGCUGACCAGAUGCCGCUUGAGCGCGGUAUCGUGACUGCGACGCCCAUUGCACGGCGCACCAGCUCGCACAACACCGACUUGUCUACGCCCAGUGCCACGCCUACAUCGGUAAACAAGGACGCAGCGUCGGUCCUGUCAAACGCAUCCGAUGAUCAAUCGGCGCUGUUGGCAGGAUGGGAUGCUACAGCUACUACGGCGCGGCUGCCGUCUCGCUCCCGCAACCGCAGCCGGCGAUAUAGCGUAUUCGAUUUGUCGUAUGCCAGCCAAAAGUCAACCAGCGACGCCUUGGCAGGCUCACAGUCCACCAUUGACCAGGAUACGGCUGGCGAAAUGAUCGGGUCGGCGCAGUCCCGCCGCAAGUCUUCACUAAAGUCAAACUCUGGGUCAGCCACGUCGAUGGACACCAAGCAGGAGUCAGCGGGUGCGGCCUAGUGGCAGAUCCAGCUUUGACCUUGGCGCCGACGAGAUAGCGGCUGUGCGGUACUCUGCCGACAGCCCACUGGCCAGCUCGUCAGGUAUGUCCAGCAGCCAGGCCAGCAGCCAGCCGCUGUACGUGCAGACAGGCAUGGUGGCCCGACGCAUGCACAGUGAGCGCAGCUCGCCCAAACACACGCGCCGCCCAUCGCUUAACACAAGUGCAGUGUCGAAGCGAAGCAGUAUGGAGAGCAGCCUACGGCAGUUGUCGCGUCAGCCCACAUGCGACAUCCGAUCACGAUAGCGGCAGCAACAGCGGCAGCAUGCGUGGGCGGCGGCGCCCAUUCUCUUCUGACCUCCAUGCCUCGAAAUCAGGCCACUCGGCAGCAAACAUCAACACUCUGGCGCGGCUACGUGUAAGUGGGCCAGC